AUGGUGACAACUACAUUGAAAAAGAUUGUCUCUCCUUGUUGGAAGCCUUACGUUGAGGAUGACGGAGAUAAUAGAAGAAAUAGAGGGGGUGACCUGAGUGGACGGGUGGAGGGGUUGUUGUGGUACAAAGAUCUGGGACAUCAUGUCAAUGGGGAAUUUUCUAUGGCCGUAGUUCAAGCCAAUAAUAUAUUGGAAGAUCAGAGCCAGCUGGAGUCAGGGCCAAUGAGCUCCAUCGAGUCUGGUCCUCACGGGACAUUUGUGGGAAUUUAUGAUGGGCAUGCAGGUCCUGAAGCAUCCGUAUUUAUCAGGAAUCGACUUUUCCAAAAUAUCAAGAAACUCACAUCAGAGUGUCAAGAAAUGUCGGCUGAUGUCAUAAAAAGGGCAUAUUUGGCUACAGAGGAAGAAUUUCUUUCCUUGGUUAAAAAGCAAUGGGAUAUUAAACCACAAAUUGCAUCUGUUGGAUCAUGUUGUUUGGUGGGCAUUGUAUGCUGUGGGCUAUUAUACAUUGCCAAUGCUGGAGACUCUAGGGUGGUCUUAGGAAGACUAGAAAAACCUGAGAAAGAGGUCAAAGCCAUGCAACUAUCAGCUGAACACAAUGCGAAUCAGGAAUCUGUUCGGCAGGAAUUGCAUUCAUUGCAUCCCGAUGAUCCACAGAUUGUUGUUCUAAAGCACAAGGUUUGGCGCGUGAAGGGUAUAAUUCAGGUGUCAAGAUCAAUUGGUGAUGCUUACCUAAAGAAAACAGAGUUCAAUAGAGAGCCUUUGUUGCCGAAGUUCAGACUGACAGAGCCAUUCGAGAAACCGAUCCUUGUAGCUGAGCCCUCAAUACUUGUCCAGAAACUCCAUCCAGAAGAUCAGUUUCUUAUUUUUGCUUCAGAUGGCCUAUGGGAGCAUCUUAGUAAUCAAGAGGCAGUCAACAUUGUCAACUCGUGUCCACGCAAUGGCAUUGCGAGGAAGCUUGUCAAAGCUGCACUGAAAGAAGCAGCAAAGAAAAGAGAAAUGAGAUAUUCUGACCUGAAAAAGAUUGACCGGGGAGUGAGAAGACAUUUUCACGAUGACAUCACCGUAAUAGUUAUGUUUUUGGACUCUGAUUUGAUUAGGCACAGUUCCUUACGUGGACCAAUCCUUUCGAUAAAAGGAGGUAUUCCUGGAGAUGCCAAUACCUAG